GCAUGUAUAUUUUGAUCCAAAAACAUAUUUGUUUUUUGUUUUUUGAAAAAAUAAGGUUAUUUUACAAUACUUCCAAAACUAAAAAAGAAAACUGAAAAAAAAAAUUGAAAAAAAAAAUGCUUCUUGUGAGGAUCGAACUCUCGACCUUUGGUUUUCAAUGCGAACUCGCUAACCACUGCACCAAUGUGAAGGUAUGACGUCAUCAACACAAAUAUAAGUAUAUAUAAUGAAUUUCGGUUAUGACAGCGUGACGAACAUCGUUUUGCACUGAAAAUAUUGUAUUUUAUUUUCUUGUCUUCGUAGAAAAUGUAUUUAGCACUAAAUUCUUAUUAUCAGACGCUCAUUUACAUUUUAAUUCAACGUUCAAAGCAGUAAGCGAAACGCUUUUGUCAACCGUAAACAGCAAGCGUCUACUGACGUCUUACUGAUUAAUUACUAUGAGCAUUGUGUACUGGAAGAAACCCGAACAACACCGAUUCCAAAAACUUACCACGAAUUUUCAACUCGAUAGUAUAUAAUUCUAUACACAGUUUUAUUCAUUUUCUUUUUCACACGUCUAACCGUAAUGCGACGCUGUCGGCGCCGCUUCGUUUAAAAUCCACAUCUUAACAAACUUUCCAAGAUUUCUUUAAUAUAAAUCAGAAUAAUAAUGUAUUCUCUUUUCAAAAACAUUCAGCUUUUUAAAUUUCUAUCAAAUACUUUUCAUUCACUGACAUUUUUUACAUACACCAAUUUAGUCUAUAGGGGAUAGCUUUAUUUUACAUUUGAUGACAUGAAAAAUAACACAACAAGAAAAUAUUUAAAAUGUAUGUCAGAAUAUCUGUUUGCAUGCAAGUAAGAGAAUGAUAUGAAAAUUUAUACAAUAAUUCAAGUCUAAAUAUAAAAUUUGUCAAUCUAUCCUCUAUACCCUAAAAUCCGCUAUACCCUAAAGCACUGUAUCACAUGUACGAGAUUUGUUGUCUGUAUAUUAUAAUUGGACAACGAUCAAAUUCAUGUGGGACUGUCAGAAAAAUACCACACUUGAUAAAAAGGAAAGAAACCAAAGAAAUGGCAAAAUGGAAGAGCAAAAACAAAGACAAGAAGCCAAAGAAACCGUUAGAAUUAAGCCAAAGGGUGUAUCUUACCGCUUGUGAACGCAGCCGAAUACCACCCCGCCGACGUAUACUGAAAGGACUACUUGAAGAAUCCCUCCACAUACGUAAUCUUACACUGGCGUCCGAAGACAUAAGAGCUCUGUCGUUGGGUCUUACGACAAACAUGUGUGUAUAUUCGCUGGAUCUUAGUGGCAAUAAUUUAGGACGGGAGGGCGUAGAGUGUUUAGUGCAAAUGUUAGAAGAAAACAUGACCAUUUCUGAGGUGAACUUGUCGAACACAAAUAUCGGCUUGUAUGAGAUUACGUUAUUAACAGAGCUGUUGUCAGAAAAUCUACGUAUAACGUCGUUUGAGGCUGCAGGAAACAAUCUAGAUGACGACUGUGCCAAACACUUUGCGGAGGCUCUAAAGUUUAACAGAAAGAUAAAGAAGUUAGAUCUUAGUCACAACAGCUUUCAAGAAAGUGGUGGUCAGGUUCUUGCCAAAACUAUAGAAUCAAACGACUCCAUCAUAGAACUAGACAUGAGCUGGAAUCAUAUACGCCUCGUUGGUGCCGUAGCCUGGGGAGACACUCUGUAUAAAAACGAAGAGCUUCGUCACCUUAACCUGUCCUGGAAUGGAUUUGGAGACGAUGGGGCUGUUUCUAUUGGCGAGGCAUUAGAAGAGAAUAAAGCGCUACAGACACUGGACCUGUCUAAUAAUAGAAUCGGCUUUGAUGGAUGUAAAGCAUUUGCAAAGGCUUUAAAUAUAAAUACAUCACUUCAGUCGCUUGCUCUCAGUAAAAAUCCCAUUACAACGCAAGGAGCAGUGGAACUUUUAAAUGCCAUCAACGAAAACGAAGAAUCUAAGGUACAUCAGCUCUGUUUGGAGGGUAUUCAAGUAACACAUGAAACAGAUGAUGUAGCGGAAGAAAUACGAGGACAUCUUGAAGAAUUUGAAUUACGUCACGGAGGAUACGUCAUAUCUCCCGACACACUAGCAUUUAAGCCUGUUGCCAAACCGGAAAAGAAGUGUAGGAGUAGCAAAUCGUAGCAUAAUAAGAAGCAUGGGCUGAUAACAAUAUAUACCAAACUAAUGACAACUACACAAACAAAGUGGAACAGAUACUGACCUCGUGACAGAUACAACACGCUUGGUCCAAUAUCACAAGUGUUCUCUGAUAAGAUAUGUAACAAAUAAAAAUUAAGACAUCUUAGCUAGAAAAUGUAAAUCGACCAUAAUAAUCAGAAUAUAUCGGUAUAAAAACGGCUACAUAUUCUAUAUGGGGUUCUGAUUAAAUGUUUUAGCUGAGCGGUAUCUGUAAAUGAUUAUUUAUUUACUUCAAAAUGACUAUUUGUGCAAACUUUAAGGGGAUUAUAAUGUUAGCUCAGUUAAUAGAGUUUAAUAACGAUAAUAUCGGUCUUGUCAAGGCAGUUGCUUGCAGAAAAUGUCUAUGGAAACAUUACUACUGUUGCAUACUAAAUAAAGUGCGCAACGACUAAAAGUAAACUAAUAAUCAUUCAGAAUUGUAAUUUAUGUUAUCUUUAACCAUUCUACUUCAAACGGUAUCAGACAUUUUCAUUUUCAACAAUAUCUGAGUUGUGGGGGCGGGAGGGGGGGGGUGGGGGUUGUUGGCAUGAGAGGUCCCCUAAAAAUCUUCGCAUAGUACAAUAGACCUUUUUACAUAGAGCUAUUUCCUAAGCAACGGGAGACAAUUUUCGCGCAUGCGCACUCUACGUAGGGCAAAAAAAAGGACAUGACCGCAUAAUAUAAAUUACGUUAGAGUUAUAUUGCAUUUCAAUCUAUUCGAUCAAUAAUGAGUUUGUUUUAGAGUAAAUAUCCACCCAAGACAACGGAAAAUAUAUGUAGAUAUUUGCAAACCCACAGCUGAUAUACUUUAACUAAUGCGCAUUAUCAUUGAUGAUUUUGGAUUAAUAAACUAUUUUUCAGCAGUUUUGAUCUCGACAAAUUUAGGUUUAGAAAAAUGAAAAAAGAAGAUAUUUUCCAUGAAUUAAUACAGUAAUAAUAAAGUUUUUGUUUUAUUUCCUAACAUGAUCUCACAGAAGUUACCACAUGUCGCAAUUAGCUUACAUGAUACCUGUAAUAUAAUUAAAAGUCAAAGUUGUUAAUAAAAUGUUCAAUUAACAAAAUUCAGCCUUUGAUUUUGUAUCCAAUUAUACUCAAAUGGGGAUCAAUUCAUUCCGUAUUUAAAAAAAAAUAUAUAUAUUCAUCUUAAAAUUGUUAUUUUUUAUUUCCAUUGAUUCUUUGAAUUUGAGAGUUUUAAUUUGACAUUAUCAAAGUGGUUCGGAUGGUGAAUAAUGCAGCGGUCAGAUUUAAUAGUGAGGGGGUGGGUAGCGGGGAAGGGUGUUCUACACUUACAUUCUUUAUCUGUUGUUAAACGAUGUUCUAUUCUUUGCGGAAUUCAAGUUUAUCAUAAUUAUUCUAUUAAUGUACGGGUAAUGGCUUCUGCGCACGAUACAUUUUCGAUAUAAAAAUGAUCCAUCAUGUAAACAUAAGAGAUAAAAAAAUAGAGAUUUAUAUUAGGUAUUUUCCUUCAGUAUGUAGUUAUAGUCCUUGAUUUGAUUCAUAUCUUACGAAUUUUAACUACACUUUCAUCGUCUUAAAAGGAAAUGGCCAUUAAAGUUCCUAAGUCUAUUCUUAUAGAUAUUAAAAUACUAGAUAUCACGUGAAAUGUUUAUUUUUGAUUCACAAAACAGCUCCGCCACGUGAUAUAUUAAUCCGAGUGUGUUCUUUUUAUGGCAUUGAUGACCGAAGGCAUUAAAGUAUGUCACAUCCUUCUUAUAUGCUUCAGAAACCUUUAUAAUCCGCUCUAAUUAGGGGACACCCUCGAAAUUAAGUUAGGGUCUUGAUUACCUAGGUGACCUAUGUUUUAUCAUGUCAUUUGCAUAAUAGUUACGUAAUGAUUUCCGGUAUAUUACUUAAAGGCCUAGAUUCACUACUAUAUAAGUGCCCCCCCCCCCCCCCCCCCCCCCAAAUCCAAUAUACAACUCCCAUCUUAUCUGCUGCUUAUCAGCGAUUAUGUAACAGUAACUGAUUAGAGGGCAAUUAGCACAGCAGGGACCCCAACUAGACCAUGAAGAUGUCUGCAGUGGAGUUGAAAGAAAUUAAUUUUUCUUCAGUGAAUGUGGAAUGAUAUUAUAUAAUAACUAUUACUUUAAUGUUAUAAUAGAUAAUAAUAAUAAUAAUAAAUAAUCAUAAUUAUUAUUAUUAUUAUUAUUAUUAUUAUUAUUAUAUACAGGAUGAUAAAAUAUACAGUAAUAAUAUUGAAAAUAAUAAUGAUAAUAAAACACAAGUAUAGUGAAAACUUCAUGAGUUCUUUAUGCUGACAAACAAUAUUUUUCCAAUUGGAAAUUGAUUUUCUUGUAUUCAUGUAAUCAACAUUAUUUAAAUAUAAAAUUAUUGUGUUCUAUCUAUACUCAAUUUUCAUUUUCAGUACGUUGCAAAAAGAGACUUUUUCAUGCUUUGCUUUGUAACUUUGAAAUGCACAUUCUGUUUUCAGUUUUAGACAAAUGUUAUUUACAGUAUUCUGUAAGCUUUAGAUGAGUGAAAGUCACAUUUUUUCUGAAAUAUCACAAUUCUCCAAACAGAAUUUGAAAAAAUAAAAACUUGCAUAUGCAAGUUUCUCAUUAUUUCAUUAUUGUGGAAAUAAGUUUCUGAUUAUUUUAUUAUUGUGUUUGAUCAUCAAAUGUUUUUCUUCAUAUAGAAAUGCCAAAAAAAAACAAGUAUAAUUUUAAAAGUUAUCAAUUAUUCAUUAAUUUAAAAUAAAUUACAUUGUUUCCACUUCUCACUAAUUGAUACACUUGUAAGGUAGACUGACUCUCCAAUAAACAAUGACCCUUGUUUAUUGGAGCCAUACUGUGAUGGUCAUUAGCCCCCAACUGUGCAGGUGAAGACAGAAAUCCCUUGGCCCACUGCCAAAAUCUAGGCCUUUAAAACAGCAACUUCAGUGACAUGGAGCCGCGACCCCUAAGUAUGUAGAUGUCAUUCAAGUCGGAGAAAAAUAGACAACAACUGUUUGAAGUUGUGGAAAAAAAUAGAUAAAAAUGAAAGAAAAUAUGACAUUUUUAGAUGUAAGGAACAAGUUUUAUAUUUGUAUGAUGUGUGCAAAUAGACUGGAAAUGCUCGGUACGCCUAAAGUGCGCAAUGGAGGUAAAGUGCGCAAUGGUGCGCAAUGGAAGUAAAGUGCGCAAUGGAACCAUUUUUUAGGAAACUUAUCUAUUUAAAGGAAAUGUCAUUGGAAUGGCAAUUAAAUGAUAAUAGAUAAAAAGGAAACACAAACAUCGAUAUUUUUACAUUUUAUUAUUUUAUAUUUCUGUUCAGUUUAAACGUAUUUAUAAAAAAUGAUAUAAAUUAUGUUAGAAACAUAUAUACAAACACAUGAAUUAAAUACAUUUGAAACUUAUUAUUACAACAUGCUGAAAGUCAUAAAGGCAGUUUAGUAUCAAGGCAAGAUUGCUGGAUAAUUUUAUUAAUGAAUGGCAGUUAGGUGUAGAUGAAAGUACUAGUUUAAUACUGUUUAAAGAAUUGAAAGACUGUUUUGAAUUAUCUCCUUACUUGUUAAUAGUUGAGAAUUAUAAACAUAGACAUAUAUUAUCAAAAAUUAGACACACUGUCUGGAUAUAGAAUACGGUCGGCACAGGAACACUGAAAGACAAAAUAGACUAAUGUGAGCUUUGUGACAAGCUUACAGUGGAAGAUGAGUUUCACUUUACAUUAGAGUGCGAUGCGUUCAAAGUAAUACGAUCAGAAUAUAUUCCAAGAUAUUAUAGACAGAGACCAAAUAUGUUUAAGUAUGUGGAACUUUUAAAAUCACAAACGUUUAUUGCAUAAAGUGGCAUUAUACCUAACCAAAGCUUUCAAGAAAAGACAGGAUUUAUUAAAUCGUGCAUGAGAAACACUCUCGCAUAAUUACAUGACUUUGUAUUUGACUAAUUGAGACAUGUAUGCGUUACUGAGCCAGGUUGUUAUUACUAUGCAUGCUUUAAUUUUUACUUUGUAUUAGUAAUGUCAAUAUGCUGUAUAUGCAUACGACUUGAAUAAAUAUCUGUUCUGUUC